GUGUGAUUCACGUGAUUUAUCAUUGGCCCACUUGAUGGAUAAGUUACGGUGAAGACUAUGGUCACAGGGCUAAUGAAACUUUUCCAGCAUACAGUUAUCAUCAUUCAACGUCAGGUGCUGACAUUCACUAUCUAAGGCAGUUGAUCAAGUUGAGGGUGCCUAAUCUUGUUUCCUUCGGUUGUUGGUGGACGAUUAAAUAGUCAACAUACAAGUGACUUACAUCCUCUUUGAAUCGCUAUUAUUAUAUGUGCAUAUAUUCACCACAGCUACACUCUUCAAUCCAAUGAAAACUAGUUCUUUAACAAAGAUUUCGAUUAAUUGGUUCGAUUAAUAGGUCGUUCCACUGAACUAUGAGCGUAGUAUCUAUUUAAUGCAGUUGCCAGUGGUCACUCAAAAAUUAACUAUACUGCGGAUGAAAAACCAGUAUUGAAUUUAUCAUUUGCACAAUAAGUAAUUCUCACAAGAAGUAACCGCUGUUUAUGAACGUGAACGGAGUCAGCUGUUUACGCGCUCUUUGCAUCCAAAGUCAUGUAGUUCAUGGGUAUGUUGGAAACAAAAGUGCUGUUUUACCACUACAACUCUUAGGUGUAGAAGUUGACUUUAUCAACUCGGUUCAGUUAUCGAACCACACAGGGUACGAAAAUGUCAGGGGCCAAGUUUUAGAUGCUAAUGAUUUAAAAGAAUUGUAUCUGGGAUUAAAAGCAAAUGGUCUUCACAGAUAUACUCAUGUCCUCACAGGAUACGUUGGCUCACCGAGUUUUUUAGAAGGCGUAGCAUACAUUGUAUCUGAUUUAAAAAACGAAAACCCAGGCUUAAAGUUUUAUUGUGAUCCUGUUCUAGGUGAUCGGGGAAAACUUUAUGUUUCACCGGAGCUCAUUGACAUUUAUCGGGAAAGAAUACUUCCAUUGGCAGAUGUUCUUUUACCUAAUCAAUUUGAAGCAGAGUUACUCAGUGGUAUGCAAAUUACAGAUGAAGAAUCAGCGCUAAAUUGUAUUACACAUUUACACAAGCAGUAUAAUAUUCCUACUGUAAUUAUAUCGAGUACAAAUUUGACAAACUUCCCUCAAGUAAUGUAUGGUUAUGGAAGUCGUUUCAAAGGUGCAAUCAACACUCCAAAUAACAAUAAUACUAAUAAUAAUCUAUCCGAUCAAACAAACGGUUCACAUGUAUGCAUCAAUCAAGAAUAUGACCGUGUCCGAUUAAGAAUUCCAAUAGUGAAUUGUCAUUUCACUGGUACUGGUGAUUUAUUUGCUGCUUUAACUUUGGCUCGGCUGGAACCACGAAUUGUAAACGAAAAUGGUGAGAAAGUGGCUAAAUACUCUUUCAAGGAGGCAUUUCAAUGGGUUAUUAGCACAAUGCAAGCUGUUUUACUCAGAACAUUAAAGCUGUCCACUUCUCCUGAAAUGCUGAAUAUGCCUAUAGCUUCUCGACAUGAACUCAAAUUAGUCCAGAGUAUUGAGGAUAUACGUAAUCCGGUAUUAGGCGAUUAUGUUGAAGAGAUAUGAAUCACAGACAAUGGGGGGAAUAAUAAAUAAAGCACAGUAUAGAAAUCUUUCUUACUCUCUCGGUGAAUCACUUAGAACAAAUUACAACAUAAAUAUGUUCAAUUUACUGACUGUUUUCAAAUGAGUUCAUUUCUUAUCAAAUAACAGGACAAAUAUGAUUUCAUUCCUUUAGACAGAGAGAGAGAGAGACUGUGUGUGUGUGUGUGUGUG